GCAUAUGUCUUGAAUGUCGCUAGAUCAGCAAAAGAUCACGAGUCGACCUCUUGCCGAAAUCGAUAACAUCACGCCUUGGCUUCCCUUGAGGGGUUGAAUGACAUCUGCGUGUCACGUUGAAACGUGAACUAUCGCGGCAGCACGUCCGAGAAUCUUAUUACCAAAAUGUCGACAUCUUUCCAGAGUCAUGCUGAAGCAGAGACGCGUCCGGAUUCUGACGGUGUCACGGGCCUGGCCGUGUUCGUGACGGAUUCAUCGGGAAAACCUUUCAUUGAGGAGUAUUUUGGCAGAAGCAGUAGCAUCAAGUCCGACAAAAUUGGGGAAGACAGUGUAUUCUGGAUCUAUUCCAUCACCAAAACGAUCACCGCAAUUGCUGCCUUGCAGUGCGUGGAACGAGGCCACAUCAGGCUUAACGAAUCCGUUUAUGAUAUCCUACCGGAACUGAAGAACUUCCAAAUCAUUGGCCAUGACCAAGAGGGCAAUAUAACACUCCAUCCACAUAAGGAGAGGAUCACACUUCGUCAUUUGCUUUCCCACACCAGUGGCAUUGGUGUGGACGUCUUUGACCCAAGACUUCAGGCCUGGCGGAUGUCUCAUGGAGAGCACCCGCAAGCCUUUUCAGGAGAUUCAAAGAAGGCAUACACUAUCCCUCUCCUCUUCGAGCCAGGUCAUGGCUGGGCGUAUGGAGGAGGUAUCGAGUGGGCUGGGAUUCUCGUCGAGAGACUGAAUAAGAUCAAGCUCGGCGAGUACAUGAAGGCCAACAUAUUUGAGCCUUUGGGGAUGACAACUACCACAUUCCAUCCUGACCAAGAUUCUUCGAUCAAGGAGCGACUGGUCGCGACAAGUACAAGAAUCUCGGAUGGCACACUUGUGCCCAUGGAAGGCCCAUAUCCCGCCGUCACGGAAGACGACAGUGGUGCUAUGGGUCUCGUCUCGAGUCUACCAGAUCUCAUGAAGUUGACAACUGAUCUUCUUCAACCUAGGCCGAGGGUUCUCGGCGAAGAAUCUUUGAAGGAGUUGUUUUCGCCACAGUUCAGCGCCGACUCAUCAUCUGCUGGGAUGCUUGCCUAUGGUGCGAUGAUGUACGGCCGUCUAAUUGGAGAGGAAUAUGAUCCCCGAAAGGUUGGUCAAGCUCCAGGAGCUUACUACAUCAAGGAGGACACCAGGACACUGCCUGGCGCGACGCUCGUCAUGACAGGAAUUCCGAACCUAGUCUGGUUUGUGAACCGCAAGAAGGGCAUCGGCGGUUUUUACGCGAGCGCCAUCAUGCCGCCCGAUGAUGCCAAAAGCACGGAGUUGAUACAAGAGUUUCUAAAGGAAGCAUUUAGAGGCAAAUAAAAGUCAAUGCUACUUGGUUGCAUCCGAAGUCUACAGGCAUACAGGUUGAUUAUCA